AUGCGGUGCCGCCCCUCGCCGCCAGGCUCCGGGAGGAGCAGGGAUGGGCGCCUGGCUGCUUCCACGGAGCGUGCGCCGCUCAGGAGCGCGAGGCCCUGGUCCCCAGGAGAAAGAUGCCCAAGGUGCCUAUCUGCUCCCCUCGGGAGGGUUUCCCGGGGCGCCAGGUCACCCCCUCCCGAGCUCUCGGGCCCCGGUUUACUGGGCGAGACCGGACCCCCCCUCCCGCCCGCGCGCUCGGCGGCCCUGCCCCGUAAGAUGUGGUACUGGAUCUUUCUUUGGGCUCUCUUCUCCUCUCUGUUUGUCCAUGGUGCUGCAGGAGUGUUGAUGUUUGUGAUGUUACAGAGGCAUCGGCAGGGGCGAGUAAUCUCUGUCAUUGCCAUCAGCAUUGGAUUUCUGGCUUCUGUAACUGGAGCAAUGAUUACUAGUGCAGCAGUUGCAGGCAUUUACAGAGUCGCAGGGAAAAACAUGGCCCCAUUGGAAGCGCUGGUGUGGGGUGUUGGACAGACUGUACUGACACUAAUCAUCUCCUUUUCAAGGAUCCUCGCCACACUUUGA